AUGUCGGACGAUGAUUUUAUGCUCGAAGACGAAGAAUAUACCUUUGAUUACGAAGAAGACGAGGAACAGGAAGAACCAGAUGUGGAUCUAGAAAACAAAUAUUAUAAUGCAAAAGCUCGGAAAGAGGAUGAUCCAAUUGGUGCCAUUAAAGAGUUUCAAUGUGUAGUGGAGACCGAGCAGGAAAAAGGCGACUGGGGUUUUAAAGCGCUCAAACAAAUGGCCAAAUUAUCAUUUAAAGCUGGAGACUAUGAAUCGACGCUCAAGUAUUAUAAACAACUUCUUUCUUACACGAAAUCAGCUGUGACACGGAAUUAUAGCGAAAAGAGCAUCAACAAUAUAUUGGAUUUCAUUUCCUCGUCCCAAGACAUGACUUUCAUGGAGGAAUUCUAUUCCACUACCCUGAAUGCUUUAGAAGAGGCAAAGAAUGAGAGGCUAUGGGUGAAAACAAAUUUGAAAUUGGCCAAACUUUGGCUUGAUCGAAAAGAGUAUACCAGGCUGAAUAGGAUUUUGCGUCAACUCCACGCAUCUUGCCAAAAGGAUGAUGGAACCGAUGACCAGCGCAAAGGGACGCAUUUACUAGAGAUUUUUGCACUCGAGAUUCAAAUGUACACGGAGACCAAAAAUAAUAAAAAGUUAAAGGCUUUAUAUCAACAGUGUCUUCACGUCAAAUCGGCUAUCCCACAUCCACGCAUAAUGGGCGUCAUCCGUGAAUGUGGUGGCAAGAUGCACAUGGGAGAGAAGGAGUGGGACAAGGCCCAGACGGAUUUCUUCGAAUCCUUCAAGAAUUAUGAUGAGGCCGGAAGUCCUCAACGUAUACAAGUGCUGAAAUACAAGAAUGAUCCACAGAUUGUUGCCAUGACCAACCUCGUUAGCGCAUAUCAACGUAAAGAAAUUAGAGAAUUCGAGAAGAUUCUUAGAGAUAAUCGUGCUACUAUAAUGGAUGAUCCUUUCAUUCGAACAUACAUCGACGACGUUCUCAAGAAUAUUAGAACACAAGUUCUGCUUCGACUUAUUAAACCAUAUACGCGAAUUGAGAUUCCUUUUGUCUCGAAACAACUUAAUAUUCCGGCGCAAGACGUUGAAGAUCUUCUUGUCGGCCUUGUCCUUGAUCAAAAGAUCAAAGGUCGUAUUGAUCAAGUGAAUCAGCGAUUGGAGUUGUACAGGCAGUACGUAUAA